UGCAACAGUGGAGGUAAACAAUAUUACUACUUGUCAGUAUUAAUAAGAACUGCUGAUGGAGAUGAAGGUGGAAAGCACCAAUUAAUCAGAGCCACAGUAAAUGAUGGCAAACUUUAUAUUUGCAAAGCACAAGCUGGUGACAAGAGAUGGUUCAAGGGAGCUAAAAAGUUUGUGGAAAAUGCUGCAACUUCUUUCACUCUUGCUUAAAAAUGUAAAACAGUAUGGUGCUAAAUUGAAUUGAAUAUGUCAUUCCUAUAUUGAGCUCUUUUUAUGCA